AUGAGCGUGCUGCCAACCGGAAACAUACGCUUUCUCCCCUUUCCCAUUGACAAGUUCCGACCCGACGUUCACUUUGGGACGCUUCGGUGCAAACUCAGUAAUCCGUCGAGAACAAUCAUCAGUCCGGAAGUCGUGGUUCGUGCAGUGCUGGACACCCCGUUCUACAUAAAAAAUCCGGACGUGGUCGUGAUCCGGGGAAAUAAUGCCAUUUUACGCUGCCUUGUACCUCCCGAGCUUGUGGACUAUAUCACUGUGACUUCCUGGGUGCAAGAUGGAUCACUCAACAUUUAUCCUAACUUCCAGACAGGCAAAUGGCUCCUGCUUCCGUCUGGAGAGUUGCACGUGUUCAGCGUUGACGAGUCUGACGGGCGAAAGGUGUGGGCGUGCCGAACUCUGCACAAACUGACGAACGAGGUGAUGACGAGUGAAGGGGCGAGAAUUGUUGUGAAAGUUCCCCUCCGCGUGCAAGUGUCUCCGCCGACGCAAAUUGUGGACGUGGGGCGAUCCACUUCGCUCCGAUGUCUCGUUUCCGGUUCGCCGAUCUAUUCCCUCGUCUGGCUCAAGGACGGCGUGCCCCUCGCCGAGCUGGAAAACGGGCCCAGCUCCUCCCCCAGAUUCGAAGUGGGGCCGCGCGAAGUCCUGAAAUUGGUACGCGUUCAGCCCGACGACGCGGGGAUGUACCAGUGCCUCGCCUCCAAUGACUUCACGACGGGGCAGGACUCCUCCCAGAUACGAUUAGGAUCCGUCCUGCCCGAGCUGGUGUAUCGCUUUUCAGAACAAACUAUCCAGCCGGGUCCCUCCGUGUCGCUGAAAUGCACCGCCGUCGGAAAUCCACCCCCGCAAUUCACAUGGACUUUGGACGGCUUCGCACUUCCAGAAAGUGAAAGAUUUCUGGUCGGCCAGUACGUCACGAUUCAUGACAAUGUGAUCUCCCACGUGAACAUAACGCAGGCGCGGGACGAGGACGGCGGGCUGUACGCGUGCCAGGCCAGAAACGCCAUGGGCAUCGCCCUCCACACUGGAAGACUCAACAUUUACGGUCCACCUUUUGUCCGACCGGUUCCUCCGAUAAAGGGUGUGGCUGGGAAGAAUUUGCAAAUCCAGUGCCCUGUCUCAGGAUAUCCGAUAGAAAGCAUUUCUUGGGAGAGAGGCGGGAGUCUUCUCCCGGUGACGAGAAUGCAGCGCGUCUACCCUAACGGCACCCUAAUUUUGGAGCACCUUCAGAAAACGGACGAAGGGAUUCUCACCUGCCACGCGAAGGGCAGACAAGGACAAAUUUCCUCCAGAGACAUUCACCUUCGUGUUGUCGGGCAUUAUGAUUCGAGUUCCGGACGAGUAUUCCUCAACAUUGGUGAUCGACUCGCUUUCUUCGGGAAAUAUACUUGCAUCGCGGAAAAUUCAGCGGGACGUGAACACUAUUCUUCCGAGCUUACUGUACAAACAGGCAUGCAGCCGGGCGACUACAAGUACAUCCUUUCUCCCACCGGAAGCUCGUCCCCCUUCGCCAACGGCACCAUCAGAUUCGACCAAGUCCGAAAAUCGGACGAGGGGAAUUAUCUGUGCGAGGCGAGAAACGACGUGGGCUCCGGCCUCUCCAAAGUCAUCUUCCUCAAAGUUAACGCACCUGCCAAAUUUAACGCGGACGAGCAAGCAGUAAACUCCGUGAUUUCUGUGCGCGUCGGGGAGAAGGCGAUUCUUGGAUGCCGAGUCGGUGGCGACCUUCCAAUUCUGAUCGAAUGGGGCAACAAACACGGCAAAAUUGGGCCACAUUCCAAUCACAGGUACACGUUUCGCCAGCAAGAGUUGGAGGAUGGGAUCUUAUCCGAAUUAUUGAUAGCCUCCGUUGACCGGAGCGAUUCUGGUGCUUAUUCAUGCCGAGCUUCCAACCCUUUCGGGUCCGAUCAUACCAUCGUCACGCUCAACGUGCAAGAAGAAUUGAGCCACAUAAAGAAGCAAAUGUUCAACUUUAAGAGUGACCUGGACAGAUUCAUAAAUAAGUUUAUCGGAUUGGAGCAGCAAGUGAAGAAGAAUGCAGAAACGAUUCUUCGUUAUGAAACCAAACCAAAUGCAAAUUGUGAUCGACAAUGCAACAUCAUAAUUCAUGGAUGUGAAUAUUAUUCUGCCAAAAUUGCAAUGGAGGAGACGACAGAUUUUCUUUCCAAUUGUUUCGAAGUGGAUGUCACUGUUAAAGAUGUCCGUCCGUUGUCCAACGGUAAAUCAGUGCUGGUGAAAUUGUCAUCAACCAAGCAAAAAAGUAUGGUGUUUAGAAACUGCCACAAGUUAAAAGCCAUCCCUGCCAAAAUCUCAAUUGUGGAGGACCUAAGUAAAGAGGAACGUGCAAAGAAGAGACGACAAAUACCAGAAUUCCUUGAGCAAAAGAAAAUUGAAAACAAAGUCUACUUCCGAGGCGCCGACCUGUUCUUGAAUGGGACUAAAAUCACGGAAGAAAUUAUAAUUUCACCCUAUCAUGACGUCAGCCAUUCAGUCACAGCCCAAACCAAACCUAUGGAGAAGACAGAGAAAUUGGACCACGCCAAGUGUGGACAGCCCCCGGUAGAAAAAGACAUUCAACCCGAGAAAGACGAUCAACCCGAUACACAUUACUUGGAAGGACCACAUCUCAAAGACGUUAAACCAACUUCAAAAUUAUCCCAGCCAAUUUCGGAUGACGGCGUAGCCUACAUACUUUCAAUUAUGGAUGCCAACAUGAAAUCACUGACGAGGGAAAUAGAUGCUUGCCUAACCCUCCGGAGCAGCCUGGUAAUUUGCGGGUGGUUGAGGUGGGGAGCCGAUCGGUGGGGAUUUCCUGGCUGGAAAACUUCAACGGGAACAGCCCCCUCAUCAACUUCAUCAUUCAGAGCAAGUUCCCCUCUGGUUGGUCAAGACUUUGGGGGUGAAACGACGAUCGACAAUUUAAGAAAGUUUACGCGAUACGCCAUCGUUGUGCAGGCCUUCAAUGCUAAGGGUGCCGGACCUUCGAGCAGCCCCACCGUCGCCACCACGCUCCAAGACGUGCCAACCCAGCCUCCAGAGAAAUUUGAGUGCAGAUCCACCUCCCCGCAAAGUCUGGCCUUGACCUGGGAACCACCCCCGCUCGAGGCGCGUCACGGGGUCGUCCAAGGCUACAAAGUCGACGUCCUCGUCGUCGGAGGGCAGGACGAGGGGCCGGGCAGCGAGGCCGAAUCGGGGGACGGAAUUGAGACCAAAGUGACGACGGAGAGAGACCUCGUUUUGCACGGGUUACGAAAAUGGACCAAUUAUUCCGUCACCGUGCGAGGAUUCACCGUCGUCGGCGAUGGGGCCGUCUCAACCCCGCUCUUGUGCAGGACGGACGAGGACGUUCCAUCUCCACCGUCGGAUUUGAAGGCGGUGGUGUCCUCGCGACGGUCCAUCCUCGUCUCGUGGCUUUCUCCGGCAAACCCCAACGGAAAAGUCACCAAGUUCACCGUCUACAGCAGAAUCUCCGAUGGGACCAAAGUGGAAAAGAAGCUGGUGUCGUUUCCGGACCUUCGCGUGGAGUGGGUUGGGCUGAAGGAGGCCUCCACGUACGAGUUUUGGGUCAGCUGCACGACUCGCGUGGGGGAGGGCACGCCCACCAAAAGAAUCAAGGCCACCACCCCAGCCAACAAUAAAGUUUCCGCGAAAAUAGCGACUUUUUCUGGAACGGUGGAAAUCCCUUGGAAGAAAGAGCUGGGUCUGGAUUGCGUUGCGGUGGGUGUGCCGGAACCCACGGUGGAGUGGAGCUUCAACGGUGGUGGGGAAAUCUACGGGGGGAACGCGAAGCGAGAGGUUCAACCGAGUUCAGGCGGAAACACGAAGCUGGUCGUGAAAGACGUCGGAGUGGAAGACGGUGGAAAUUACACCUGCACAGCCACCAACGCGCACGGGAGCGAGAGCGUGGUUUACGCGGUGAAAGUGCAAACCCCGCCGGAAGCCCCCAUCCUCCAAGUCAUCGAGGUCGCAUACACGUCCAUAAAGGUCGUCUGGUCUACGCCACACUCGGGCGGAAGCCAGGUCAGAGGUUAUUUGGUGAGCUAUCGUCGAGAUGGGGGCGACUGGGAGGAGACGGAGGUCGGCCCACGUGCGACGGGGCACACGCUGCAGCCGCUCCUCUGCGGGUCCACCUACCAACUCUACAUCACCGCCGCCAACAAAAUCGGCUCCGGACCCGCGUCGGAUAUUUUGACUCGCAGUACGAAAGGCAGUGCCCCAGUUUCGCCCAAGAAGGAGGAAGCCCUUUUCUCGAACCACUCGACGAUCGUGGUGCGUCUGGACCUUUGGAAGGACGUCGGCUGCCCCAUUCUCAGAUUCAUGAUCGAGUACAAACAGUCCCAGGAAAAAAGCUGGAUGCGAAUUCCAGCCGAGCUUAAUGGUUCUGCCAAGUCGUACACGCUGACGGGACUGCACGCCAACACGCGGUACGACAUCCGCGUCACGGGCGGAAACCAUGCCGGCGACACGUUGGCUAAAUACGAAUUUCUCACCGGAUCACUUCCCCCACUGGCCACCACCAGUCACGGUGGUGGAAAAUCCUCGGGAGAAAGUAUUGGAGAAAGUCGUGAUGGCGAGAGUGCUCUGGGAGAAAACGAGGCGUCCACGCUGAGCACGUCGCUCCUGAUCGUGUUCCCCUCCGUCCUCGCACUCGCCAUGGUCACCGCCGUCAUCUCAUUCUUCUGCUACAUCCGGAGAAAACGAAUUUUGGGCAUUCCGCACCCCAAAACGGUGAUUGGGGACCACAAUUAUGCUGGAUCUGGGGAUGGGACGUCCUAUCUUGACCGUGGAGGAGGUCAAGGUCAAGGUUACGAUCACAGUCAGGGUGGGAUCAUGUACGAUGCAGCCACUCCGCAUCAGCAUUACACGCUCGUCAAGGGAUCCCAAGGCCAGUACCCGCCCGAUCUGACGGCACAAUACGCCACCAAAGGAAAGGACCUUGCAGGAGACUAUGGAGACGACGUGUGUCCGUAUGCGACCUUCCAACUUCCCGAGAACCCCCCUACACGUCCCCUGCUCACGAAAGGGUUGGGCGGCAGUGGGGGUUUCCACACGGGGGACACGCUCUACAACGUGGGAAACGUCUACUCCGGGCCUUACCACGCCGUCCACUCGCAAAAUUUCAUGGCCACGCUUUCUCUCAGAGACACCGAAUACCUGAAGUCUGGUCGCUUAAGCAAAGUUGGUGGGGACGAGGAGGACGCGGGAGUGACUAAAAUCCUGGCCCUGCACAUGCCCCCACUCGAGUACGACCCCACCGGCGCAAAUGAUGGCGAAAUUUCGCCAAAAUACCACCACCCCCACAACCAAUUCUCCUCCUCCCAGCACCACCACCACAACGACUACGUUGCACAACAACAGCGACAAAUCAUUCUGCAACAACAACAAUGUCACGAACAACAAGUUGGCACAUUUAGACGCCGAAGUAGACAAGAUCACAUCCCCACUUCGGAAGAAAUGGAGUCUUCUUCUUCCUCCCUGGACGAGGAAUCUUCGCCCACCACGGGUCGCACCUCGGGCAAAAGAGGUCGCGCCUCUUACUGCGCGGGGCGCCCCCACCAACGCCACAAAAGUAGUAACAAGUCCACCUCGGGAUCUUCAAAUAGUGGGGGCGGCGGACAAAUCAUCCCGCGCGUCCGGUCCAGUUCUGGGUACUCCUCGCACACGGAGGAGACUUCUUUCACCACGACGGCGCAACCGCCCCCUAAAUUUUCCGACACGGAGGAUCAGCUUCUUCACGGCAAUGACGAUGCUCCUGGAGCGAAAGCAUUUUCAAUGAAGCGAAAUCAGGGGAAACAACAAAGGCAAAGUCGAAGUAAAAAUAAGGGAGGGUUCCAUAUCGAUGUUUGACACGAGUAGUGGGGGCACCAGGCGACGGGAGAAAGCAAAUUUAUUGUGAAAAAAUUUAUGAUAAAAAUUUAUGAUUUUCGGAGGAGGAAAUUCAGCUUAAAUCACGAUGCUUCGUUUCUUGCGGAUUUCCUAAACUGCAAAAUUAUCAAUGUCUGACAUUGUUUGUUGUGUGAAUAAUAUUCGUGAAUUUAAAAUUUUGAAAUUAUCAAACGAUAAAAAAUUAUGAAAUUAUGAAAUGAAACAAAUUGUGAAAUUUAUAUAAAGUUUUAUAUACAACUUUUUAUAAAGAAGCCUAUCUAUGAAAUUUUGUGCAUAACUAUUUUGAGUUUCUUAAAUUCGUGAUAUAUAAGAAUAUAAUUAUCAAAAUGUAUAAAAAUAUCCUUCUAAAUUAUGAUAAAUUUAAAAAAAACUUUAAAUCCGCCAUUAACGGAUAAGAUGCGUGGUUAUCUCACGCUUUGUAUAAUUUUUACACGUGAAAAUAAAAUGUUAUUACAUCAUUCGAAAGCAAAA